AGCCCCUGAAACCAGAUGCAUGACGCCGGGCGCCCGGUGAGGUCCCAGGGGGGGAUUGCUCGCCGGCUUCCGGCUGCUAUAAAGUCACUCAACCCGCCACUUUGAUUUUCUUCACUUUAAGUCGAUGAUAUAAUCCACAUGAGCAGAAUGCACUGGGACAAAUCGCCACCACCAGGCCUGGCCCGGUCCAGACCGUACCAAGGAGUUCGAGUCCGAGACCCGGUCAAAGAGCUGCUAAGGAGGAAGAGAAGCCUGGAGCCUCGCGGCGCCAGGACGGCGCCCCCUACCGCGGAAGCGACCGCGCACGCCGCGCAGCCGGCCUUCACGCGAGGCUCGUUCGCCGAGUCGCCGGCGGCGGCUGCGGGCGGCGACAGGUGGAGAGGGGCGGCGGCGGCGGGCGGCGGUCUGCAGACGUCGUGGUCGUCGUCGGAAUACAACCAGCCGGACGCCGCAGCUCAGACUCCGGCCUUCCCGACGGCCUCCGCCCUCACUGACGUGUACAUGCAGACUCUGGGCCCCAGCUACGCCAUGCUGGCCUACACACACACGCCGCUGCUCACCAACUUUGGGGCACCAGGCUCCGGCCCUCAGAUGGAGCUCCCAGACUCAGGGUUGACCUACCUCCCCUGGGUCCAGCCCAUCGCCACCAUAUCCACCGUGCCGAACCAGGUCCAGUUUGGCCCCGGCUCCUCAGCCCUGCCCGGGUCCCCUCUGAUCCACAUGCCCUUGUCCAUGUCUUUGACCACCAUGAUCGCUCAGCUUGAGGCUCCCGGCACCGAUCAUCCGCAGAGAUCAGAGCACCAAAUGGACCUGGAUCUACAAGACCCAUCUCUGGAUGAAGAUCCUGGGUUGGAGGCGGACGCACCAGACCUCCUGGAUAAACUUCUGGAGGAACGAAAGAGGAACGGGGAAGAGGACGACAAAGACUCGUACAGCAGCUCGCUCUUCAUUUCCAAUGAAUGAAAGAAGAAGAGUUCUUCUGUCUCAAGAGAAGCCUUUUGUUUCUGUUUGUGUCUCAGGGGCCUUUAUAGGAUAUUUAGCAUAAAAACCUCAAAGCUUCAUGUGUUAAAGCUGCAUUCUCUCUCCUGACCACCAGGGGGCGACUCCUCUGGUUGUAUAGAAGUCUAUGCUUCAUGUGUUAAAGCUGCAUUCUCU